AUGGAGGAGGAUAUCCCUGAGCCUCAGAUGGAGGAGGAUGUCCCUAAGCCUCAGUUGGAUGAGGAUGUCCCUGAGCCUCAGAUGGAACAUGCUGAUGAUGCUGGAUUCCCCGGAGGACCGAUGUUGAGACAUGUGUUGACACAGUGUGAGCACCACGUGGCUCGGAGGCUAUGGGAAGGAGAGGAUCGUGGACCGUUAAAAGUCAUUACUCAUGGAUUGAAGUUGAAGAAGUUUUCCGAAGUUCCUGUGCCACAUCCUAUAGAGCAUUGGAUUCGGGAAUCGGGGCUGUUACCUCUGUCUUCGGUCUACCUCACUAUGGUUGAUGCUGGUCUGAUCUCCGCAUUUGUUGAAAGAUGGCACAGGGAGAUCAGCUCAUUUCAUUUGCCAUUUGGAUAG